AUGCCCUGUACGCGCGGAAGAGGGUCCUUUUACUUUAUCCAUGACCAAACAUCCAGUUAUCUUAUUUGUUUUUCUGUUUGUAGACUGCCAAUUGACGAGUGCGAACUGGUUCUGGUGCAUACAGUUCCCGUGGGACAGGACAUCCGGGUCACAGACAGACCACUUAGACAG